AUGUUUGCUAUGUUCAGCUUCAACGUGUCCAACAAUGGAGAAAUCCUUGAGGUGCAGUACCCAGAGAAUGAGAAGUCGUCUGCUGUCUUACAGAAGAAAGCGCUUCUUGGCACAUUUUCCUCACGGCUGCAUGCUUCGCUGCAGGAUCUGAAACAUGGAGGAAAACACCAGUGGCGCUACCUGGUCAAUGAGACAGGACAUGAAGGUACUCAUGAAGCAGAGUAUGAAGGACAGAAUAUUGGUGAGGUGCUACUUUUCAAAAGGAAGAAGUUUGGUCACACAGUCCCAAAUUCGGAGACUUCAAAUGAAAAGCAAAUCUGGUACCACAAAGAGAAGCAGGUUCCAACAAAAAUCAUGCUUGAUGAAAAGUUUACAGCUCCAAGGAAGAUAGCACCUGGUUUUCAGCCCCCCACUGCAAUUCCAGUUGGGUUUGGUGAAAGCCACUCUUAUGAGAGCGAUGACAGCUUUGAUCUACCAGAGAUGCACACAUUCUCAAGUGGGAAAAUGGAGUUGACAGAUGUCAUCCCCAUUCCAACUGAAGAGGCCCAAUUCAAAGUUCCUGACAACUUGAUGAAGGACACCCUCUAUAUUACAGAGUACCCUAAAAUCAGGUUUUCGCUGGAUGCUGUGUCACGGGAAAUCACGGGAAAUCUCACGUGCAUGCGCGAAGUUCGUCCAGUAUAUGCCAGAGAGCGAAUUAAGUGCUUCCAACAACUAGUUUCUAUCAUCAACCAUCUUGAGGAAUUGGAUCUUUUAAAAGUGGCAGACAAAUACAUCCAGUUUCCCACAAGAGAUUCCAAUACUACAGAAGACAUGCAUGCCAUCAUUGACGCAUUUGGAGCUGCUGCUCUUAACGAAACACAGAAAAUUCUGACCGAGAGAAUUUUGUUAAAGAACCCCCCUGAUGCAGGUCUUCUGAAGAAACUGUUUUCUCAUUUCGUCAAUCUACCAAAUCCACCACCCUUGACAUUUAUUGAUGCACUGGAAGACCUAGUAUUUCAAGGAGCUAAAUUUUCAGAUGAUGAAGACACCAAAGAAAUCACAACCAUGGCAACACUGCUCCUUGGAUCUCUUGCCGGUAGUCUGAAGUCCACAAAUCCCGUGCGUGCAGAACGUCUUGUUGCCAGAAUGGAAACAGAACUCCAACUGCAUGAUCCUCAGAAGCAUAGGACCAUUCGAUCAGCUGAAACCGGAACACACGAAUAUCACCACGAGCAGAGGAAAGCUACAUUACUCCUGUCCCUGGGAAAUGCUGGUCUGGACCGGUCCUACCACCACAUCCUUUCUUACAUCAACACCACCGACUCACCACAGCUGCUUAGGAGGAGGGGUGCAGCAGCAAUCGCUAACUACCAUCAUGAAGAUGCUGCAUCAAUGCUGCUCAGUAUUGCCCUGGACAACAACCAUGAAGACCACGUCCGCUAUGAUGCUCUCUUAGAGUACAGGAGACAUCCCAAGGCUGUGCCAAUAAGUGACAUCCAGUACCACCUUGUUAGAGGAUUGACAAACAUAACAGGCCUAAACAAAAGGGAUCAUUCACGACUGAAGCGAGGCAUCUUUGAUGGCAUCCAAUUCAAAUUACAACUGCCGGGUUACGAGUGGAACAAACAGGUUGGAUCGAGCAAGAUCGGGGCUAAUUUUGGACUAACUAUUCGGAACAUAAUGGACCUAGACAUAGCACCUCUGAAAGGGCAUUUCAAAAUUGAUGUUCUGGACGAAGCAUAUGCAGUGGCUAAUAUUGGCAUAUUGGGUAUCCACCAAGAUCUGGCACGAGUACGCUUCUGCUUUAGAGGACACAUUAAAUAUGAAAUCAACAUUCUCCAGGAGUUCAACUUCGAGGACAUUUUCAACAUUGUCAAGUUGCUGGAUUCAGUUGUGAACAAUAUCGUUGGAUCAAUUAAACAAACAAUUGAGAGCUUUCGACAACUAUUUGACAGUACUUCAGAUCUGUCAUUUCCCAAAAUAAUCCAACGGUUCGCCGAUGCAUUUGAUGACAUCCCCUUCAAGAUUGACGACCUUCGCGCUAUCGGACAAAAAGCUAUCCAGACAAUCGGAGAAAUUGUGGACCCACCCGACUUCAUCACUGAUGUAUCCAACGUCAUACGAAGGGUGACUGCACUGGUGACAGACAUCAAAACAGACGUGACAAAGUUCUAUGAUAGCAUUGCAGAUGCUAUCACUGUGACCCUGCCAUGGGCAAUUGAGCAGAUAAAGGAGGCAGUUAACAUGGUCGUAAACACGCUAAAGAACUUGUUCAAGUCACCACUUUCAGCUCUUGGAGACAUACAGAAGGCAAUUCUCAAGAUUCAACUGGCAAUAUCAUCAGUUCUUGAUGCUAAGAAACGGAUAGAAGAUGCCUGCUUGUUCACUAAAGGGCAGCGACCGUACUGGUUUGACAUCAAAUCAGUAAUCACAGAAAUCUGGGAGGAUGUACUGACGGCAAAAGACUCUGUACUGAAGGCAUUUGAGUGGUUCAAUGGGAAACACAGCGGUGACGAGAUAUUUAAAGAGUUCACUGGCGUCGAUGCGAAUGUGAUUCGACAGCAAAUUAAAGAGGAACUCCUUGCCUCUCUGAACACCUUCAUCAGUGGCCCACUGCAGGUUAUACAGGAGUUGGCGGCUCCUUUUGUGUCCACCUAUGAAUCAGUUGUGAAGACGAUAAAUGCUGUGAAAACUGGAUACACAACUGUCAAACAAGCGUAUACUGCUGCAAGGACCUUGAUCAGCAAAAUAUUUGGACCAAAAAUACACAAGGACUUUCCUAAGAAACUGCUGGAAUCAGACAAUUGCGGCAAUGGAUUUUAUCCAAGCACUGCCAGAGGGAGAUACGGGCAUCGAGGUGUGGAUCUGGAAGUUAGCAGUAAUGCAGAGAUUGUUGUUCCCUUCACUGGAGACGUCAGUGUCAUGGCUGCCAAUGAAAUCUCCAUUGUUGCAGAUGAACUCGACGGCAUUGAAAUCAUUCUUAGCUCAGUCAGCCUUAACAGUGGAAAAGAUGGGAUGAAGGUAUUCAAAGGAGAGCCACUGGGACGUGCCACAUCAUCUGGAUGUACCCCAAACAGCAUCCACCUGGCCAUGAGAAAAGUUGGAACAACUGAGUACAUAGAUCCAACUCGAUACCUAGAGAAGAGGAUUAUGCCUAAGCCACAGUGGAUUCAAGAGUGUGAUGAUUACCUUGUUAAAUUACUGUUCAAAGUGUUUGCAGAAGGAUCACUGACAAAAGGACCCAAGGACAAUGACACCACACCAGCACGUGGCCAGGAACCAGAUGUAUCCGGUCUGCAACCCAUUCCGACUGGCAACAGGAAAAAACGAGACAUACCCUUCAUAACAGCACUACAACAGAGAGCAGAUGAUUUUGCAGAUCGUCUAGGCCUGCCACGGAUAUCUGAAAUUGGACCAGUCCUUGCAGGGUUUAACAUAAAGGAUAUCAAAGUUGGCCAGAUCCUUGACUUGCUGGAAACAUUUGGACUGACAGAGUUAAAGAAAAAACUUGAAAAUGCCCUUAACACCUUAGAGGUAUUGUCUUUCAUUGUUGUUUAUUGGUGA